AUGAGUAAUCUCGUCUCCUAUGUUGAUUGGUUAGACGAUGAAGCUGGUAAUUUAGCUAGAGAAGGUUUACGCACACUGGUUGUCGCCUCGCGUGUUCUAACAGAGGAGCAAUACAAUGAUUUUUCUAAACGAUAUCAUAUUGCAAAAAUGUCUUUAACAGAUCGUGUCGAGAAAAUGCAAUCAGUGGUAGCCACUUUAGAAACAGAUUUAGAAGUUCUCUGUUUAACUGGUGUCGAGGAUAGACUUCAAGAUGGAGUUCGUCCAGCCUUAGAAGCUUUAAGAAAUGCUGGUAUACGCGUAUGGAUGUUAACAGGAGAUAAACUUGAAACAGCUGCUUGUAUUGCUAAAUCUUCGCGUCUAGUUGGUCGUGAUACGCCUAUGUAUAUAUUUCAGCCUGUCAAUGGUCGAAUGGAAGCUCAUUUGGAGUUGAAUGCCUUCCGUAAACGUUGUGAUCAUGCCCUGUUGAUAACUGGAACAUCAAUGGAAACAUGUUUACGAUUUUAUGAGCAUGAAUUUGUUGAAUUGGCAAGACAAUCACCAGCUGUAGUUGUUUGUCGUUGUUCACCGACACAAAAAACCCAGAUUGUCAGCUUGUUAAGAUAUCAUACAAAGGCGAGAGUAGCAGCUAUUGGUGACGGGGGUAAUGAUGUCGGUAUGAUACAAGCAGCUGAUCUUGGUCUUGGUCUAUUGGGUAAAGAAGGUCGACAGGCUAGUUUAGCUUCUGAUUUCAGCUUGGCCCAAUUCAGACAUGUUACCCAACUGUUACUGGUACACGGGAGAAAUUGUUAUAAGAAUACAGCUGCAUUAGCUUUAUUUGUUAUUCAUCGGGGUUCAAUUAUCACUGUUAUGCAGGCAAUAUUCUCAGCUGUAUUCUACUUUGUUGCAAUACCAUUAUUUCCAAGUUUCCUACUUGUCGGUUAUGCAACAGUAUUCACUAUGUUCCCUGUAUUUUCUUUGGUACUUGACAAAGAUGUACCAGAUCGUAUUGCUAUUACCUAUCCUGAAUUAUAUAAAACACUACAGAAAGGUCGUGAAUUGACUUUUAAAACAUAUUUCAUCUGGCAGUUGAUUAGUGUUUAUCAAGGUAGCGUAAUAAUGUAUGGUGCAUUGUUACUAUUCGAGGAUGAAUUUAUCCAUGUAGUAGCUAUUACAUUCACUGCUCUACUGCUUACUGAAUUACUAAUGGUUGCCAUCACUAUACGUACAUGGCAUUUACUUAUGAUUUUAGCUGAAGUCAUAAGUUUAGCCAUUUAUAUUGUCGCUUUAAUUGUUAUGAAGGCAUAUUUCGAUUCUGUAUUUCUGAGGACAGUUGGAUUCGUCUGGAAAGUUUUAGCCAUCACAGGUGUCAGUUGUAUACCAAUUUUAAUAUUAAAGUUUAUACACUAUAAAUUUCGACCAUCUAUCUACUCAAAAUUACAGUGA